GACUAAUGAAUUAAAAAUCUUGGGCUCGCCACGGUUUGCUGCUUAAUAAUGCCUGUGACAGAAGGAUUUUUUCCUCCCUGAAGCGUGACAGCAUCAUAUUCCCUCGUCACUGGCAAGGAGAGGAAGGAAAAGUGGAAUUGUGGAGAAAAGCGGAAAAGGGUGAUCUUUUGGGACAGCAAAGCCUAUGGGAAGUGCAGGUAGCAGCAUGUUGCCCUGACAGCUGUCUCAGCUUCUCAGACCUUGUCAGUUUGUUGCUAUGCAGCAGGUGCAGCCUUUUCUUUUAUUGAAGCUUUACUCCAUAAAGGCAACGACAAGCCAAGGCAGUGGCUGGCCCUGGAUUAUACAAGUGCAGACACUCCGCUAAGUGAGGGUUUCAUCUCAGUAAAACCACUUUUUGGAAUUGAUGGUCUCAGAAGAAAGACCGAGGACUGAAUAAGGUCCUGAUCCAGGAGUCAAGCCCAUGCAGACAGACCCCUACACCUGCACAGAGUUCCACUGAAGAAUCACCACCAAGCUGGAACAAACAAGUAAAAGCAUUGACUCAAGUGCCCACAUGAUCACCACCGCCAGGGUACCUGCUGAUAAGCAAGUACGAAUUGCCUUCAGCCUGAAUGACUCCCCAGAUGAUGCUUCCUCUGAAAACUUCCCUUCAGCAUUUCCAGAACUAGACCAGCAGCUGCAGCCGCUGCCUCCUUGUCAUGACUCUAAGGAAUCUAUGGAAGUGUACAAACAGCACUGCAAAAUAGCAGAAGAGUACCAUGAGGUCAAGAAAGAAAUUGCUCUACUGGAAGAAAGAAAAAAGGAGCUGAUUGCCAGGCUGGAACAAGUGGAAAAAGAAAGCAUGGAUGCUGCUCAGCUGGCUAAGGAGUACGCAGAACUGACAGAGGAGAACCGAACACUGAAGCUGGCCCAGACACAGUGUGUAGAGCAACUGGAAAAGCUCAGAAUACAGUACCAAAAAAGACAGGGGUCCUCAUAACUCUCAACUAGCUUAUGUGAGGCAGUUAAUACAGGAUUGGUCCUGUGCUGGAAAGAGAUUUUAAAAUAAAGGUCUGUUUAAUAUGUUAUAAUACUUUACUACAGAUACAGAGUAUGUAGAAGUCUAUAUUUGGUUUAAUGCUUGCCAGCCAGUAGCUUAAUAUAAUGGAUAUUUCAUCCAUUAUAUAAUGGAUAUUUUAUUUCAAGCAACAUAAUUGAACUUAACCUAUCCCCAUUAUAUGUUCUAGUAGAUCAGGUUUCUUUUCUAAACAUAUUUCUUCCAAUUUAAGAAGAUAUGGAUACACUAGAAAAUGAUAUAAAUAGUCUCUGUGUUGGGAAUUUGGACCAUACUAAGGCAUACAGCAGGGACAAUGUUAAUAUAUGGAAUACAUGUAUGUUAAUUUUAGUUUGCUGAAGAUUUUUUAAAUUAUUUUCCUCAUGCCUAAAGUGUUUGGAAGUUAUCUUAAAACGGAUCUCCUCAUGGGUAAAAACUAUACUUUAUUGUCCCAUGUCAACUUUACAUUGUUGUACAAAAUCUGAGAAAUUGCACAUUGAAGUAACAUAAUUAUUUUUUAUCAAGUGAGUGUACUGCCAGUAAUAUUUUGCAAGUUAUGAAAUUAAAAGGAAACAGACAAGAUCAAACUUUCCUUCCUCAAGUGUAAAGAUAGCUUGAGAGUCUUUUUAUUGUACUUUUGGCAUGCAAGAAAUGAAAAAUUAAUAUAUGAAUACUACCAUCGUAGUUUCAACUGAGAAUAUGUCAGUGAAAGUACUGUGAGGAUAUUUUGUUCUUAUUUUCCAGUCUGUUUUGAAACAUAAGUGGCUGUAAGUAGUGACAGGAGUUCCGUGAUACACAAAUAACCUGGAAGUAAAAUGUUAGUUUUACAUGCUCUAUUUAUCCCUGUAUUUUCCUAGAUCAACUGAAAAUUCUUUGUUAUACUUCCAUUUCUAUUCAUACAGUAUUUUUUUCAUUAAAAGCGGAUACAGAAAA